ACUAUGGCUGAAACGCCAAUCCUCGUUGGUGUAGGCGACAUCAUCAACCGCAAUCUUGCGGUCCAUCAUGCCGCAGAGCCGGCUGAGCUGAUGCUUGAUGCCAUUUCGAUUGCCUUGCGAGACACAGGCCUAUCAACACAAGUCGUCGCAGACCUCAAGUCAGAAAUCGACAGUAUAGAUGUCAUUCGCACUUGGACGUGGCCAUAUCCGGAUCUACCUGGUUUGCUCGCUGAGAGACUCGGCACACGGCCUAACCACACCUAUUGCUCUCCACAUGCGGGUAGUCAACCUGCUAAGCUGGUCGACGAAGCAGCUCGUAGAAUCGCAAACGGAGAGACGAAGGUGGCUGUAGUCACUGGAGGCGAGGCAUUAGCAUCACUUGCUGCUUGUGCGAAAGCAGGAGUCAUGCCACCACCAAACUGGACUCCUGUUGAGACGCCUGUCACCCAAGUGUUCGCUCCCUCAACCAGAGAAAUGGCUAAAGGUAUUGGAGCAAAACACACGAUCGGAGCACCCAUCCAAGUAUAUCCCCUCUUCGAGAACGGUCUUCGUGCUCAGAGGGGCCAGUCUUUGGAAGAUAACAAUACUGAAAGUGCGAAGUUGUAUGCUGAGUUUGCUCAAGUCGCCAACAAGAACCCACUGGCAUGGAACUUUCCUCGGACGCCAGAAACGGAAGACGCAAUUGGCCGUGUCUCGAGCAAAAAUCGCAUGAUUUACCCUCUUUUGAUGAAUGCUUUCAACACGAUCAACUUGGCCGGAGCAGUGAUCCUGACAUCAGUCUCAUAUGCUCGCGAGUUAGGCAUCGCCCAAGAAAGAUGGAUCUAUGUGCUUGGAGGAGCAGGCACACAAGACAGCGACAACUUCUGGGAACGACCAAGCUUCCACUCUAGUCCUGCAAUCAGUCGCACUUUGGACGCUGGACUCGAGGCGUGCGGACUCAACAAGACCGACAUAGACAUGUUCGAUUUCUACAGUUGCUUUCCGAUAGUACCAAAACUCGCUUGCCUACAUCUUGGUCUGGACAUUCUGAAACCUCAGAAGCCCAUUACUCUGCUUGGCGGCCUAACAAGCUUUGGAGGCGCAGGCAACAACUACUCUAUGCAUGCAAUCACAGUCAUGGCACGAAAGCUGCGUGCAGGCGACGGUACCCAUGGUCUCGUGCUCGCAAAUGGAGGUGUCUUGACAUAUCAGCAUGUCAUCUGCCUCUCUUCUCGACCACGGGCCGACGGUCAACAUUAUCCUGCUCGUAAUCCUCUUCCUCCCGUACUCAAGGACAACACAACACCUACGAUCGAUGAAAUUGCCGAAGGAGAAGCCAUCAUUGAGGUGCUAAGCCUUUCCAGNACAUACACAGUAAAUUUUGACCGCAAGAACGAACCUUCGUUAGGUCAUGUUGUAGGAAGGUUGAGAAGUUCUGGGCAUCGAUUUGUUGCCAACCAUGGAGAUGCGGCAACGUUGAAGAGGCUUGCAAGUAGAAGCGAAGAGCCCAUCGGUAAGAGCGGCUAUGUACGGACAGAUGGCCAGGGUCACGGAAGAAACUUGUUCUUUCUGGAAGCGAGCUCUAGGCUGUAA